GAGGUCUUCGAGGGCCACGGGCAGGACGGCGGCGGGCAGCUUUCCGAGGAGCUCUUCCUGCUGCUCCAGUCCCUGGUGAUGGCCACCCAGGAGAAGGACACGGAAGCCGUUAAGUCGCUGCAGGUGGCGCUGUGGCCGCUGCUGACUGCCGAGCAGAACCACCUCCUCCACCUCGUGCUGCACGAAACCAUCUGCCCCUCGGGACAGGGCUUCUGAUGAGUCACAUUGGCCAGGAGGCUCUUGCCUGUGCCCGGGUCUCACGGGGUCCACCUUUGCGGUAGGAGAGAGAAGAAGAGACAUCACGGAUCCUGGGCCCACACUUGGUGUUAUUCCUGCUGCCACCGCAGGGACUGGUCACCUCAGUGGACGUCACCUGCAUCCUGUGUGCUUAUGUCCACAGUCGUGGGCAAGGAAAAGCCACCGCGGCAGCGUGGAAUCGGAGCGGAGCGCGCACGAGGCUGUUCUCCUGGAAACUGCCAGGCACCGAUGAGAAUCCCUGUCAGCUCCUUCCUCUAGACCCGCCUCCCACCCCAUCGUUGUCUCACAGCGACGAUUUUCUCUGCGCGAUCUCAUGGUGACUCUCAUUGCUUAGCCCAUUUCUGUGUCGCCGUGGUCACCAAGGCGCGCCUUUGCUUCGUCUGCGCCCUGCGUAUUCACGGAGUCGUUUCGUUCCUGGCCACCUUGUUGCUGCAGCCCUGCAUCCACGGUAAAGCCUUCCUAAUACUCCUGACUUGUGCUUUAGAGUCACCUCGUUGGUGAAAUGUGACUCCCUUUUCUACUCGUCAGGAGGCGACAGAAAGCAGAGGUGCACAGUUCCCUUUCAGCUCCGCAGUGUGUUCAUGCGUGCGGAAUGCACAGUGUGCCUGGCACGUGGACCCUGCAGCCGGCCAGCGAAUCUGCAGAGAGCACUGGGGACGCAGCCCGCUCUCAGACCAAGGCCGUGCCAAUGUGUCCAGGGCAACAGGUCCCGUGCCAUUGUGCCCGCAUUGAAAUCCGCAGUUCCGGUCCUAGCCGGAGGGGUAUAUGUCAUCUGCGUCACAACCUCUGUCUGUAAUGGGGAUCUCGCCGCAACUUUUAUCUACCUCAAGCAGGUCUGGUUUAAAAGUGAAAGUGGAGAUUGGCAUUGUACUGCUGGCUGGAAGACACACAGUGGAUCUGUAUGGCGUGUGACAUGGGCCCAUCCUGAAUUCGGGCAGGUUUUGGCUUCCUGUUCUUUUGACCGAACAGCUGCUGUGUGGGAAGAAAUAGUAGGAGAAUCAAAUGAUAAACUGCCAGGACAGAGUCACUGGGUUAAAAGGACAACUCUAGUGGAUAGCAGAACUUCUGUUACUGAUGUGAAAUUUGCUCCCAAGCAUAUGGGUCUUAUAUUAGCAACCUGUUCAGCAGAUGGUAUAGUAAGAAUAUAUGAGGCACCAGAUGUUAUGAAUCUCAGCCAGUGGUCUCUGCAGCAUGAGAUCUCAUGUAAGCUAAGCUGUACUUGUAUUUCUUGGAGCCCUUCAAGCUCUCGUGCUCAUUCCCCCACGAUAGCUGUAGGAAGUGAUGACAGUAGUCCAAGUGCAAUGGCCAAGGUUCAGAUUUUCGAAUAUAAUGAGAACACCAGAAAAUAUGCAAAAGCUGAAACUCUUAUGACAGUCACUGAUCCUGUACAUGAUAUUGCAUUUGCUCCGAACUUGGAAAGAUCUUUCCAUAUUCUAGCAGUAGCAACCAAAGAUGUGAGAAUUUUUACAUUAAAGCCUAUGAGGUCUGGCGAGUGAGUUGGAAUGUGGCAGGAACAGUGCUGGCGUCGUCAGGAGGUGACGGCUGUGUGAGACCGUGGAGAGGUGAGGGUUCAGUGAAGAGAGAAUUGUUGCUUUAUAUUUCUACUUUAGAAAUUUCACUGAAGAGUAUAAACUGAAAUAUUCUGAAAAAAAAAUGGUCUUUACAGCUACUUUUAAAUUAAUAUCCUCAUUUAUGUUAUUUUGAAUAUCAGUUUACCUAGUUCAUAGCAGUUAAUGACUAAUUUAAUUAUUUUUUAAGUUCUGUGUGGAACAAAGCACCUUUUAAAACUGAGGUAAUUAUAACAGAAUAUGCAGUGUCUGUAAUAAAAAGAUACCAUAAACCGUAUAUGUAACUUGAGUGACUGCGCUACAAACUCAGGAUCGGACUACAGAUAUCUCUUGUUUUAUUAAAGAAUUGCUUUAGAUAACCAGUCCUGAACAGGAGAAAAUCCAAUUUCUCCCCACUUCCUCUCUCCAAUUCCCCCAAAUUCAAGAACUGUGGGGCCCUGAUUCUGAAAGUUUCUUACAAGUGCUAGGCUGAGAGAGAACUCGAUCUGGUCACUUGACACUGAUUAUGGUCCCUGUAGCUUGGUUCUGCACUUUUCCAUGAAUGUUUACACAUUGGGCAGAGGUGUCCAUGAUUUGUGUAUCACUGCAGUAGAUGGCGUCUCAUACUGAGCAUCCAAAAUUAUAGCUGUCUUACUUCAUUUACCCUGAGCAGUUAUUGUUUUCCAAAGUGCAGUUUGGCUAAGCUGGAGGGCCUCCCAAAUAUGUAUUAGGCUGUGGUAGAACCAGCCCAGACCUUCCUUUCCUCAGUGUAAUUUGAUUUUAAGAGCUUUGUUGUUCUUUUCUACCUCUGGGCCUUAGGACCACCAAGCAGCAUCCCAAAAGGCUCCCUAACUUGGGUUUCCUGGGCUUAUUGUCUCCAGUGACCAAAUUUGCAUUCAAAGAAUUAGGGCCGUUUUGAAUAAACCACUCAAAGUCCAAGGGUUUAGUUACCUACAUUCAUUUCUGAAGACAUUAGUCAGGCACCCACAUAACUUAUGCUUGCAUUACCAAGAA